GGCCGCAUCUCCAAGUCUAAAGAGCCGAUCGGGACACAUUUACGAAGCUCCCAGCCCAAGCUUUCUUCUCCAUCCCAAAGUAAUUUUAUAUUGAAUAAGAUUGAUAUAUCACCCUUUAUUAUAAAUCCUACCGAAUGAAUUGUUGACAGAUAUUUUACAUCUUUGAUCUUUUACCACUUCCAACCUUUACAAUUCAAAAACACAUAGAACAAAACUCGAGUCUACUCCUAUACAUCAGUUACGAGACAUAUUUCAUCAUUCGCAAUCGCAAACGUCAAAAUGGUUCAAACACCCACCCAACGCAAAGCCAAUCUCAAGUUCGCUGCCGUCAAUGAGAACAAGCAAGGAAAAUCAGAAGCUCAAUUGCACAAGAAGGAGUUGAAGAAACAGAAGAGCCCUAUUAGUAAGGGUUGGCUAUACCUUUUCGCAUUCAUCCUCAUUGGCGGAUUAUUUGUCGAUCUCCUUUUCCGCGUAGUCUCCUAUUUCAGCGGCGGCAAAUAAGCGCAUUACAUUCUAUCUUAUUCAAUUCAUCUAUUCGAGUCUCGCGACCAUAUAUGCCAACUAAAAACGGAGGAACUGUGGAUUUUCAUUGUAUACAACUCAGAUCAUGUCGCGUGGACGGAAGCUCACGAGCUAUCAGUAUUCUAGGGGUUGGACUUAGUCUGCAAUUGAGAAACGCAAUUGCGAGAUUUGUGGAUGGGAGUUUUAUUUGGGUCUCGUUUUGUUAUUCCAUUUUUUGUAUCCGUUAAAAUUAACCGGAUUUCGAUGGUCAAGGGGGUUUCAUAUGGGAUCAAUAUCAAUGAAUGAUUGAUUUAGCGCUCCAUAAUUCUCUGUCAUGUCAAUUGAACAAAUUUCAAGUUCGGAAAUAUUCCCCGGGAACGA